AUGGCGGAAUAUGCAGAGGAAAAUGCAAUUCCCAGCGGCUGGCGUACACGUCAGCCAGGCUUUACCAUCUGGGCCCUGCUAUCCAUCGUGCGGGUCUCGAUUGUCGGUUUCUGCUACAGCAUCUACUACAUCCCGACCUCAGUACGCCAGAGUCCAACAUGGUCAUAUCGCCAGGCACUACGAUCACGACUAUUGAAGGUCGCUUUUGGCGUUAUCACAGAGCUCGGCUUCACACAGUCUCUCAACAUGGAGGCGGUAAAUCUCGGGGAUCGGUGGGUUAUAAUGGAGCCAGCCUCGGAGGAAUCAUAUCCUCGUGCCUUCAAGAGUCAGACUGUUAAGCCGGAGAGAAUUGGCGCCACCUGGUACCCCGAGCCUCCGCCUAAGAAAGCCGAUCCUGACGACCAAGGUUUGAUCGUGUUGUCAUUUCACUCGGGCUCUUUUCUAUGGUUAGAUGGACGGCCAGAGGAUUCUGGUGAGACUGCAAACAUGCUUAAUAGCAAGCUAGGACAUGGCACACGAUCGCUUUGGGUGCAAUAUCGUCUCGCCGGUGGCAAUAAUCCAACCCCAUUCCCAGGGCCCAUGCAAGACGCCGUGACAGCGUACCUCUACCUUGUGAAAGAUAUGGGAAUCUCCCCGUCCCGCAUUGUCCUCGCCGGUGACUCUUCGGGUGGAACUAUUGCAGUUGCCCUGCUGCGCUACCUCGUCUCCAAAGAUAACUUUGACGCCGAGCUUAACGACCUGCCACAGCCUAAAGCAUGUCUUUUGUUUUCGCCUUCUCUCGAGUAUAGCUUCGAAGGGGACUCACACGCGAUCCACACUCAUAGGAAUCAGAAAACCGACUACUGCGACGGCCACAUGGCUGCCUGGGGUGCACGAGCGUUUGCACCACCGGACACCAUCCGAUUAGAUGACCCGUAUCUUUCGCCAGCGCUCCACCCAUUCGCGACCCCAGUCCCAAUUUUUGCUCAUGCUGGGGGGGCUGAGGUACUCUGUGACAGCAUCAGAAAAUUUACGGAUGCGAUGCGUGCUAUCCCAAGCAAUCGAAUCGAAUUCUUGGAGACACCAGAUGUACCGCAUGAUAUUUAUGUUACUGGGAAACUCCUCGGAUGGCCGAAGCAACAAGAGGACUUGAUCGAUGCAGCCGUUUACUUCGCUCUGGGGCUUGCAGAGGGCAUACAAUGA